GUACAUUACAUUACUAUACGUAGUAACUGUAAGACGUAAUUGAAAUUAUUAUUUUUAAAUUUUGCUUAAUCAGUAACUAUGAAUAAUUAACAGUAAUUGAAGUUUCAUUAUUGGUAUUCGAAUUUUUUGUAUACAGCUUCAAACUAUCUAAAAACUAUGUGGCAAUUGAUAGUGUUGUAUUUUUCCGGCACACUGAUACCUCAAAUCUUGAGCGCAUAUAUUGAUGCAUACCCCACGGAAAAAGACCAGAUAUUUAAUCUAUCCUUAAAACCAGAUCGUGAAUUAAUAGUUGAUAAAAGAUUUUUAAAAGAUUUAAGCCAAUUUGUUACAAUAGUUCAGGAAAAAGAAUUUAAUGAUAAUGAUUAUAUUUUGCUAUCAUCGAAAUGUUGGUCCCAAUUUCCAGAAAUGGUUAAAGAAAAACAAAAAUCAGUUGACAAAUAUAAAUCAACUAUGCAAUCUUUACAAUGCACUAAUGGAUUAAUUGUACUUUACAUCAUGAAUCACUUAAGAGAUCUUGCACAUUUAGAUAAUGGAAGUAUACAUGAAAAACAAGAAGAAAUGAAGUGGUAUGUGACCUAUUUAGCUCGAAUGCUUUCAAUAACCUAUAUAGCACAAUGGACGACCCAUAAAUGGCUAUUUAUCUUAUACUUUCGAUUAAAAGCAGCUGUCAAUACUGAAACUUACUCUCCUGAAGAAAUAAAUAAUCUUCUGUAUGACCUGUGUGAUGAUAAAGACAUUUUUAACGAAAUUGUUAUAUUUAUUGAAAAUUGUAAAUUAUUUAAGUAUUUGCCAAAACAAGAUCAAAGCAGAAAUUAUGACGUGAUAAGUAACAUGAUACAAAUAUAUGCCAACUACAAAUUUGAUUUUUCUUAUCAAUACAGUGAAAUUUUUACUGAUUCCAACUUAGCAGUACCCAAAAUGUUAAACAACGAUCAACAUUUUCUAUUUGAUUUCUUACCUCAUACCCAGUUAUUAAAUAAAACAUUUGAUAUGCUAAAUUUGACUGUUAAUAAACUCAAGGAUGUAGUUUUUACGAUUAACUGGUCUUUGCGUCCAUUUGAUUACAUUGAUUACCAUGUUUUGUUCAUGAGAAUAGCUUACACUAAACUUUUGUACCAUACGUGGUUUCAUACAAAAACGCUGCACCAGUAUGUUAAAACUAUAAAACUCAAAUAUCAAAGUAAAACUACUAAAAACAUGUUGGAAACUUUUUGGUUUCUUCUUUACAAACCACUUGAAAAUGCUCUAAUUGUUCUUGAUAUAGAAGAUAAUUUUUUCUGUACUCUAUACCAUGAAAUGUUACAUGUAAAUUUAAUUGAUAAGAAUCACAUUGACACAAUCGUAGAAUUAGUUACUACAUUAUUAAUAGAAAAUUUUAGUAUUUUAAAAAUUCCCAAAGAAAUUUUAAAUGAUGUAUCAUUUCCGAAACUCAACCAUGAAAUUAUUAAAAAUAUUGAUUUGGUAAAAAGUAACACUAAUAAAUUAGACGAAUUUAUUCAAACGAUACAAGAAAUAACAAAACCAAUUGAUAUUAAAUUUAUUAAAAUAUUUUGCAAAGCUAAAUACCCCCAAUUAAUCCCCAUAUAUUCUAGACAGUUUCUUUAAGUAAUUCUACAAUUCUUAUUAUUUUUAGUAGUAUAAAUUGUUUUUUUGUGUAAAAUUUUAAUAGGUACCUAUUUUAUUUAGAAAUAUAAAAAAUGGUAUUUUAAAAUAGUAAAUAAUUUCAUUAUAUUGAAUUAUUAUCUUUUUUUAAUAUUUAAAAUAUUUUAUAUACAAUAUAUAUACAAUAUACAUAUAUAUAUAUAUAUAACCCAAGUUAAAUACUUAUAUUUGUUUUGCACGUAAUAUUCUUUAUUUUUUGAGUAGGUAUUACACUAUCAUGUUGUUAAUUAUAAGGGCACAAUAAUUUUGUUUUAAAAUAUAUAACUUAUAAUUGCGGAAAGGUUAAGAAUAGGUAUUUAUAUGAUAAGUUUAUUUUUAAUCAUCUGGAUCAAAGGCCGGCGUUUUUGCUUGUAUUACAAAUAUUAAAUUAUUUUGUUUUAUUAGUUCCAAAAAUUUGUUUAACCAUAACUAUUUCAUAUUAGAGUAAAAAAAAGUCUUCUAAUUAUUAUAAAUAAUUUUUCCUAAUAAUGAUUAAUAGCAUUAUUAUAUUGAUAAUAAACUAUUGUUUUUUUU